GGUCAACCAAAUACGUCAGAUAACGAACCAAUUAUUAGUCCUUCAUCAUUGAGUGGAGGAUCGCUGUCAUCAAGGUUAAGACGUGCAAAGACAUCAAACUCACCUACGACUGUAGCCAUCCCCCUGACAACAUUCUCAAGCAACCAACCAUUGUUGCAUCAUCACUCCUCUGACGAGUUUGACGAUAACGACGACCAUCACGACAACAAGGCAACAGCAGUGAUGUCACAGACGUUCUCAUACUCGGCACAUCCGCCUCCACCAGGUGGCACACUCAACAUCAGCGAUGACGACCUUCUUCGCAGCAGCCACGACAGCACUGGCAAAUACAUCGAAAUUGAUAAUCUACGAGAUGAUGGAUCAUCUCCUCUACUCUCAUCAUCACUGAACUCCUCUUCACGAAUGCUUGCAGUAUGUACAAACUCAUCGAUCACGGAGGUCGACACCAGGACAUUCGUUCAAAAGGUCAAGGACUUUGUGAUGCGCAAGCAUAUCUAUCUCCCAAGGACGAUCAACUUGGAGUUGGACGAGCAGACCACCAACAACUUGUACUUCCUCAUGGUAGCGCUAUCUCAAUUCAUCCCACCUUUACAGACAGGCUAUCUAUUCACAUAUAUAUCACCAUUGGUCUUUGUACUUUCUAUUACAAUUAUCAAAGAAGCUUAUGAUGACUUCCAGCGAUUUAGACGAGACAAGGAAGCCAACUCUCAACAUUAUCUGCGAUUGACUCGAAAUGGAUACGAAUCCAUACCAAGCUCAGACAUCAAAGUUGGCAAUUUCAUCAAGGUCGAGACUAAUCAGAGAGUACCAUGCGAUAUGGUCUUCAUGAGGACCACCGAGAAGAAUGGCGCCUCAUUCAUUAGAACUGAUCAACUCGAUGGCGAGACCGACUGGAAGCUUCGACGUUCGAUUCACAUCACACAAAAGCUGCUCAACGACGACGCCCUACUAAACAUGCGCGCGUCCAUCUAUGCUGAGCGACCCAAGAAGGACAUCUACUCAUUCAUUGGCAACUUUACAAAGAAUGACACUAGCGAAACAGAGUCAAUCAGUGUGGAGAAUACAUUGUGGGCCAACACUGUUAUUGCAUCUGGUAGUGUGAUCGGAUGCGCGAUAUACACUGGCAGGGAGACACGAUGUGUGAUGAACACAAGCAUACCAUCGACAAAGAGUGGCAUUCUGGACAGUGAGAUCAACAAUCUAUCAAAGGUUCUCUUCCUCCUGCUAUGUGUUCUCUCAUUCGUUAUGAUCUGUCUGAAGGGAUUCAGAGGUGCCUGGUACAUCUACCUAUUCAGGUACGUUCUAUUGUUCUCUGCCAUCAUCCCCAUCAGUAUGAGGGUCAAUCUCGAUCUGGGCAAGACAGCAUACUCUCUGAUGAUGAUGCGUGACAAGCAGAUCCCUGGCACGGUGGUGCGCUCAUCGACCAUUCCCGAGGAACUUGGUCGCAUUGAGUACCUGCUGACCGACAAGACUGGCACGCUCACUCAAAACGAGAUGAUAUUCAAGAAGUUGCAUCUUGGCUCGAUGUCCUACUCCAAGGAGAGUCUGUCGGAACUCAAGCGAGAGCUCCACACGUCGUACUCAAGUGCACAACAGCAACAACCGCAGACUACUAGAGGACGUAGGAACCUUGGAUUCAAGGUCAAGGAGGCAAUCACAGCCAUUGCUUUGUGUCAUAAUGUGACCCCUGUGGCCGCCAGUGAGGAGCAUGAGGGUGUGGACAUUCAUGAGGAGCAACAACUACAACAGCAGGAACAACAGCAACAACAACAAGGUCGCUCUAAACUACGCAAGUUCUUCAAGUCAAAGAAUGGCUAUGACAAGGUGACUGAGAUCAAGCGACAGGAGCCUGAGCCCGAGGAUGACGAUGACGACGAGUCCAAUCGAUGUGUGAUCGAUGACGACGAGGACGAAGCAUCGUCCUCAUCAAUCGCCGCCGCAUCCAAGCAGAGCUACCAGGCAUCGAGCCCAGACGAGAUCGCACUCGUCAAGUUCACAGAGUCGAUUGGACUGGUGCUCAGCGGCCGAGAGCUGAACUCGAUCACACUGUCCACACCACUCGGCGAGCAGGAGACCUACGAGAUCCUCAACAUCUUCCCCUUCACAUCAGAGACCAAGCGAAUGGGCAUCAUCUUGCGUGACUGCCAGGGCGUGAUCACUUUCUACAUGAAAGGCGCUGACUCGGUCAUCGCCAAGCUAGUCCAGAAUAAUGAUUGGCUCGAUGAGGAGUCGGGCAACAUGGCGCGUGAGGGACUCAGGACCUUGGCAUUUGGCAAGCGAGUCAUGUCGGAGCAGGAGUACAACGAAUUCUUGAACCGAUACAACAAUGCCAAGACAUCGAUUGUGGAUCGUGCAGCGCGUGUUCAAGAGGCCAUCGGCACGAUCGAGAGGAACCUCGAGCUGAUCGCAUUGACAGGGGUAGAGGACAAACUGCAGACCAACGUCAAGGUCACACUGGAGCGACUGCGGAAUGCCGCCGUCAAGGUAUGGAUGCUCACUGGUGACAAGAUCGAAACAGCUACAUGUAUUGCCAUCUCGACCAAGCUAGUGUCGCGCACUCAGUCACUGUUCCAAAUCUCCGUCACUGACAAGUUCCGCGCAUCUGAGAAGCUCGAACAUUUCUCGCGACUGCGUGAUGCCUGUCUGAUCAUCGACGGCCCAUCACUGCAACUCUGUCUGGAUAACUUCAAGGACGACUUUAUCAACGCGGCGUCCAAAGCGCCCUCGGUGGUCUGCUGUCGAUGCUCGCCCACCCAGAAGGCGGACAUUGUUCGAUUGAUCCGAGAGAAGACCAAGAAGAGAACCUGUGCCAUUGGCGACGGUGGCAACGAUGUCAGCAUGAUCCAAGCAGCUGAUGUUGGUAUUGGUAUCGUUGGCAAAGAAGGCAAGCAAGCUUCCCUCGCGGCAGACUUCUCAAUCAAUCAGUUUAGUUAUCUAAGUCGUCUGAUAUUGUGGCAUGGAAGGAACUCAUACAAGCGAUCAGCUAGUCUAUCACAGUUUGUCAUUCACAGAGGUUUGAUCAUAUCGUUCAUUCAAUGUGUAUUCUCUGCCAUCUACUACUUUGCCGCGCUGUCCAUUUACAAUGGAACAUUGUUGGUUGGAUAUGCCACUGUCUACACGAACGCGCCAAUCUUCUCAUUGAUCCUCGAUGAGGACGUGUCCGAGGACAUUGCAUUCAGAUUCCCCGAGCUCUACCAUGAGCUGCAAAAGGGACGUUCGCUAUCCUACAAGACCUUUGCCAUAUGGGUACUCAAGAGUGCGUACCAGGGCGGCGUGAUCAUGCUGCUGUCCAUCAUACUCUUUGAGAGCAGUCUUAACAACAUUGUAUCGAUCACUUUUACCUCACUGAUACUUUGUGAGUUGCUCAAUGUCGUCGUGGAGAUCCAUCGCUGGCACAGAUACAUGGUUAUCUCUCUAGUCGUCACACUGAUCAUUUACAUCAGUACCAUGAUGAUACCUCAAGUAACAGCAUUCGAACUAUCAUUCAUUCUAUCAUUUGGAUUCUGUUGGAGAGUGGCUGUGAUCACGGCAGUCAGUUGUCUGCCACUGUAUGUCAUUAGAUUGAUCAAUCAAAAGAUUGAUCCACCCUCAUACACCAAGUUGGCCUAA